CACACCCUCUGCGUCACGGUUUCAUCUUGUAUCGGUGAACAUCAUGAGCGAUAACGCAGAGUACAAGGAGGCAUUCGCGCUGUUCGACAAGAAGGGAACGGGUGCGGUGCCUCGUGAAGUAUUGGGUGACCUUCUACGGGCCCUGGGCCAGAACCCUACCCAGGCGGAGGUUGCGGAUAUCGUCGCGGGUGCCCCUCGCGAAGUUGACUACAAGACUUUCUUGACGAUCCUGAACCGUCCAGACGGCUUCAAACCUGCAGGAACACCCGAGGAGUUCAUCCGCGGGUUUCAAGUGUUUGACAAGGAAGGCAAUGGCUUCAUCGGUGCCGGCGAGCUGCGAUACGUGCUCACCCAGCUCGGAGAGAAGAUGUCGGACGAGGAGGUGGACGAGCUACUGAAGGGCGCUCAGAUCGGGCCAGACGGCAACGUGAACUAUGAGUCGUUCGUUCGCACGAUCCUCAGCCAGUAGUAUUGCGGGCCAUAAGAAGGUGUUGUCAUGACAUGUACUGAUACCAUUAUUCACUUUGUCUUGUCCGUUGUCUUUCAUAAGUAGGAAUACUCACGACCUCGCUGCAUCAAUACGUCAACUUCCCUUUGCAGCAAAGAUUGUUACCCAGAUCAUAGAACCUCUUACAUCCUCCAGGACUCAUCUCUCCGUCUCCGAAUCCCUGAUCAUUCGGUUUGUCGAUCAAGCCUCGUCGGGUAAGUGGCACUGAAGCCGUUCGAUAGAGAGCCGAAAACAGUUUGUACAGGUUUACCGGCUUCACUUGGUAUAACCGUGCCGAAGGAGGGUUGCUGAUCGCGACGAUGAACCACGCGUAAAGGGUCACCGGACCCUGGGCAUCAGUAACAAAAACGAGCCU